UGUGCUCCGGCCCUGGAGUUUACAGUGAUCUUGUGAGCCAUGGGCGCAGAGGAGGCGGUCCAUCAGUGUUUUGCAUUCUAUACGGCGAUGAGGCAGACAGAAGGGUUGCAUGAAAUCGCUCGAGGUUUGCUCCUUGUCUUGGACAAACUCGAGCAAUUUGCAGGAGGUACUGUGAAGAGAUGUAAAGAUAAAAACCUGGAAGAAGCGUUUCGACUCUUGUCAUCAGUGAGCAAAGGACUGGGAGUCCUGGACCGUAGUUACGUUCUCCCUCUGGUGCACUGCCUACUUGCUUUGCAGAUGGAGACGACAAGCAGUUCCAGCUGUUUCUAUCGCCUUGAGAAGCUGGUUGCAAAAUUGUCCGACGGUCACGGGACGCUGGUGUCCGAACAGAUGAACCACUUUAUGGGAGGCCUUGUCGAGCACAAAGAGGUGCUGUCUCCUGGCAAUCUCCAGACAGUGUGUAUGUUUGUAGAGGAGAGUGUGCUGGGACGAUCUUACUGGCAAGACAACCUGCUGCUGCUGCUGAAAUGCAUUGCUGCCACAUUUGAUUCAACGCUGCGGGAUCAGAUCUCCAGGAACGAAGAAUGGCAUUAUGUCACAGUGAAGACUUGCCUGCAGCUUUUCAAGGUGAUGCCAAAAGAAAUUUCACCCCUUGUAUGGGAUGAAACGAAGGACAGUAAAGCUCUGCAGAGCAUUCUGGGAUGUUUGGUGCACAUCAUCAUGGAAAAGACAGCCUGCAAGGACACCCGUAUGCUGGCCGGGACGGCUGUGAGCAUGCUGGCCAACACAGCACCUGAGCCCCAUAGAGGAGCAGCAGCAGCCCUGGGACUCUACCACGUGCCAAACACAGGCAAAGGCUGUUUCGGGAAGCUCCGUUUGCCUUCUUGUGCUUGGAAUCCAGAUGGGCUGGAGAGGCUGGUUCUGACCCGAGGGUUGUUGGCGUGUUGCAGGAAGGAGAUCCUGAGCUGCCCCUUGGGUGGCACUCGACAACAGGAUUGUCUGCUGCUGGACGUGCUGUUUCCAGCUAUUUUACUCCAGAUGGAAGAGCAGAAGGAUUGUCUUUACUAUUGCUUCCAAGUUUUUUCCUUGUGGCUUCAGCGUGUCCAAGAGAGUCUGGAUGAGAUUUGGAAAGUGAGGGAGAAUCGUGUGUUGGCUGAGAACUCGAGGCUGCUCCAGAGACUCACCCAGUUCCUCUGGAACUACGCAGAGAGCCCGGUAGAGGGAGUGUCAGAUUUCAUACAUACUGCCUUUCAGCAUUUUCUGAAGAUCUACAGUCUAGAGUGUGACCAUUUUGAAGACAGAGAGAGACCCCUCUAUGGACAAUUCCUCCACAAAGUCAUCCUCAUGCCCUGGCAGGCAAGAGCCCGAUAUUUCCCUCUUUGUGCAAUUCUCCCUUACCUGGGACCUGGAAAAGUUCUGGCUACCUAUAAGGAUCUGCCCCAGCAUCUCCUGAACUGUCUUUCGACCAAUCACCUGUGUCCCACCGCCUCAGAUUUGUAUAAAACCAUCCUGCAGCAGCAACGCAAAGUCUGGACAGAGGAGCAGGAAGACGUCUCGGAGGGAGAGCUUGCUCACAAGUGGGCCCUUCACUGGCUGCCAACCCUCGCUAGUGCUUUGACCUCUCCCAGCUCUUUCCUUCAGAGUAACGCUUCCAGCUACCUCCUUGUGUGGACCUUACGGCUCUUCCCCGCCUCUUACGCCUUGCUGGCUGAAGACUUUAAAGGCAGAGAUUCUGCCCAGCUUCAGGCCUGGGUCACCUUGUUGAACGUUCAAAAGACCAUCACGGGGGUCUUGCCUGCAGACGAGGAGACCUUGGAGAGACUCUCCUCCUGCCUCUUCGCCAAAGAGGACAACGUUCGCCUGGCAGCGUUGAGCCUUCUGUGCUCCAGUCCCAGAACCAAUCAGGCCUUGUCCAAGAUGGAGGUCCAGCUCCUGAAAGAAUUCUUGGUGCUCAACUUGAACUGUGACUCCUCCUCUUUCCGCCAGUACCUCCAAGCCACAGUCAAAAAGGCUCUUGUAAGGCUGAGGGACAGCUCGCUGGCUGUGCUCCGACGGCAUGUGAAAAACAAGGAGCGCUCAGCUGGAGAGGAUCUCUGGAGGCCCCUGGCCCAAGCAGUGGAUUUCGUCGAGUGGCUGCUGAAGCUUUGCACUUCCUCUCUGAUUUUGGAGUCCAACUACCAGAGGCGGAAAUCAGCCCUCCUCCUCCUGGCAGCCAUCCUGGAAACCUGCACAGACAGCUGGAGUCCUGAGCGGAAGAAGGGGCAGCCCCCGCGUAAUAUGGCUGCACUGCUGAGCUGGGCCAGGAGCAAAGGCUGCUGGGAUUUUUUCUCCAGAAGCAAUAUGCUGAUACUGCUGAACUGCUUGCAGGACAGCACAAAUGAGAUCCGUGAACUGGCAUCUGAGCUACUUGUGUGUUACUUCCCAGCAGCUUUCCCAGAAUCCAUUGCUGUGGCUGUGUUUGAGCGUGCGAUGGAAGCCGUGAGCAGUCCCAGAGUCCCCGAGGUUGAAGCAGGAGCCGUGCUGAUGAAAACCAUCCUUCAAAAAUCAGACAGCAGUACUUUGAAACACAUUUUGGCAGAGGCCAAGCAAGAGUGGAUGGUGGACUGUCGAUGCCUGAGCUUCGUUGACUAUCUCCUCGGUGUGCUGCGUGUUCAUAUUUCCCGUGCUCGCCGUGACCUGUUACAAGCAGCCCGUACAACGCCGAUACAUGGGCUGAUUUUGUCUCUGAGGCGAUGUCUGCUGGAGGUACCGGAGGUGGCUGCCUCCAUGUCGGAAGCACAGCAUGUGCAACACUGGCGAGUUUUCCUUAACCACUUGGUGGGCAGCAUGAGAGACGCCGUCAGCUUGCUUCUGGGGACAUUGGAGGGCAAACAGGCAUCCAGCUCCGGCCAGGAAGCUGCUGCGCCUUCAUUUGCAGACAUGGGGAAUGCAAUUGGCUCCCUCAUCCAGCUGGCGAAGGACCCUGGCGGGGAAGAUGAGGAGGAUUCUGUCCUGCUGUCCGAGGAACACAGUCUCAUUCUGACCUGCUGUUGGGUCUCCGUGAAAGAAAUUGGAUUGCUUUUGGGAGGCCUGGCACAGAAAAUUUUGCCUCUAGCACCACUUGUGGGUUCUGAACUUCUCUUGCCACUUCCAGCGGUAAAGACGGCCUCCGAGGUAUUCCAGGAGAUCUUAUUGAAAUGUCGACACUGGGGAGCUGUGGAGGGCUGCAGUCUGGGGUUCACCAAGUUCUGUGCUACAUUGCUGAGCCACCCUGACCCAGACCUUCAAGAUAUUCCGAGGGCAGUACUAACACAGGGCUUGGUGCUGCUCAGCAGUCCCAGGAGCAGCUCCGUUACUCGCAGGGCAGCCGGUUUCCCCAUGCUCUUCCUCUGUAUUCUGGCUGGGGAAGACCCCACCAAAUCGCGCCCUCUCCUGGCACGUGGCUGUCAGACUUUGCUAGCCUUGGCUAGCAUGCCUCUGCCCCAAGACUGGAACCAGACCGUGGACUUGCCUCAGGUUUCGGCAGUACAUGUGCUGCAAACACUAGUCCGGGGGUCUGGUCUUGGGACAGCCCUACGCCAGUACAUUACACCCAUGAUAAUUCUGGUCCUCCAAGCCCUUGACUCUCCUAGCUGGGCCAUGAGAAACGCUGCCACCCAACUCUUUGGUGCUUUGACAGUUCGCCUGCUGGGUCAAAAGCAGAGCCAGAGCGACAACCACGGCCAGGCUGGGGUGAGCCCUGAGGCACUUUUCAGCCACUACCCUCAGUUGAAGAGCAUCCUGCUUGAAGAGCUCUCCUCAGCUGUAGUAGCAUUGGGAGAACCCCAGAGAGGGAAAUUCCACCUCUGCCCUUCCCUCUAUGCCAUCCUCACCUUUCUGGCCAAACUCCAGCCUGGUACAGAUGGUCUGAACAGCAGUUCCAUUUGCUUCUUGGAGCCUUUGAUCCAGCUUGCUGGAAAUCCCAUUUAUGCUGCACGGGUGAUGGCAGCCAAAGCCCUGGUGCCUCUUGUUCCUGCAGCAGAAUACGGGACCCUCCUCUUACGACUGGUCUCAGGUUUGCCAUCGCCCAGUGAUGCCUUCUCCCAGAAUGCACUGCAUGGACAGCUGCUGCAGAUUGAAUCUGUGUUGGCCUAUUCAUUAUGUGUGAACUGCCUGUCUCCAGACACACUGUUCUCCAUCAUUCGCCAACUGGAAGACCAUAUCUGGUUGGUCACUUCCCAGCAGAGGUGUCCCCUGGUUCGGUUGGCUUACCUCCAGGUUGCCUUCCUUCUGGUGGGAACCAGUCCCUGUGACUUUGCACAGAAAGUCUGGGAAGCUGUGAGGGGUGAACUGGAUCGCUCUAAGCCGGUAGAGAAGUCUGGCUUAUCUCAUGUUCAGGUUGGUGCCAUUACAUUCUGCCAACUUGCCGUGCGCUUCCUGUGUAGUGAGGCAGCAAGGCUGGCCAGCCCCGAGAGAGUCAGUGCAGUUUGCUCGCUGCUGCAGAAUGGAAAUCUGGACUUGCAAGGAGCCAUCCUGACCUGGGUGAUUGAAAUGGAGGAUGGAAGCAGCGCAGGUCUCAACACGGAGCUGCAGCUAAUGCUACAGAAACAACUAGAGAAAAUACUGAAAGAAAGAACCGACCGUGUGUUUCUGAAGUUGUACCUGGAGGCUUUUGUGCAUCUCAACAGCAGUCGGGGUCUGCCUGUUUCCCAUAAGCCAUUGGGUCCUGCGUGCGCAGAGAGCAAGGGAAUCCUGCUGUCUAUGGCGGAAAGUGAUGAUCUCAGCCCAGAUCUCCGAUGUCAGGCGCUAUCUGUUCUGGCUUUACUCUUGACUGCAAGUUUUGAGGAUUUUGCUUUAUUGGAACGGUGGUGUGUCGUCAUAGAAAGAUGCAGUGAGCCCCUUUCUUCAGAGGUGCUGAGAAUGGCUGCAGCAAAGUCACUGAAUAUAGCUGGAGCAGGCUUGGUUCGGAGGGCCCGAGAAAACUCAGGCCAAUCCCUUCAUGCCAUGGCUGUCCGCCUGAUAGACGUCGCCAUUUCCCUGCUCCAAGACGAAGACCGGGAAGUGCGGCUCGCAGCCUCCAUCUUUGCCAGCCUCGUGGCGCAGCGGCAGCCCUUGGAGGUUCCCCCUCCAGGCACUUGUGCUUUGCUUCACAGUAAUAAGGGGCUGGUCGGUUUGCUUCAUCUCCUGCUGGAAGAGUUCUGGGAUUGCCCAGAAACAUUUGCAUCUUUGGUGCGUCGCCUCCCCACCACCGAUCUCAGCAGUGCCUUGGCAGAACUGGAGGACAAGGGAGCUGUCAGCCUGUAUAAAGAGGAUGAGCCAAAUGUUUAUGCAGAGCCAGCUGUCCUCUCCAGAACGUUGCUUCCUUUUCUUUUCUGGUUGCUUGACCGAGCAUCCACCUCCUCCAAACUUUGGGAGUCGUUUCAAUGCUGGCUGAAAGCCACCGGGCCCAGGCUCUUAGCCAGCCUACAACACUGCGUGGGAUGGUGGAGCCAAGAUGGCAGCACUUCUUUGUACCUGAAGGCUCUGGGAAAUCCAAAGAUGCACAUUGCAAUCACAGCCCUGCUUGUCAAGGCCGUCCUUGCGGUCCACAUGCUGGAGAUGCUGGAAAGGAGUCAGCAACCCAACAUUGAAGAAAUCCAGUACAAUUCCCAAGACCUGAAAAAUGCCAUUUUGGCGGCACAGAAGCUGCUUUCCCUGCAUGAGAUGACACCGACAGUCAGUGUGGAGAUAGAACAGAUGGAAGGAUGGGGACAUCUCGGAUGUCUUUCAGUGGAUCACUGAGAACUUUCCACCAUGAUGGAGAUAACAGAACUGGGACAACAGAACUCAUCUCUGUUUAUCUCCAAACACGUCUUCUUGUCUAGAUCUGCAGCUGUUAAGGCACUGAUUCAGAAACUGUUUUGUAUUGGCGUGUGUACCAAUUACAAAUGACUGCAGACCUUAAUAUUUUCAUGUUUGCCACCUUGGGGAUCCUCUUUGGGUAGAAAGGCGGCAUAAUUUUUUAAAAUAAAUAACUAAAAAUCA